UGCUAAUUUGCUUGAAGAGUAAUAAAAUUAUAUGGCAUGUCAUACAGUUAGGUCUCAUGCACCUUGUUCUUCACACUAUAGUAAUCUAAACUUCACAUUAGAUUUUUAACACAAAAUACAAGUGUAAUAAAUGUUAAAUCCUGUCUGUGCAUUUUGGCCGGAAUUUUGGACAAAUAAAGAAUAACAGUGGACACUGGACCCUGAUAUCAUCAGUGUCUCCCACGUGUUUGAGUGCAUAUUUUGGGGGAAACAUUAACCCAGUGUGACCUUGUGCAGCACACAAUUGGUGUAUGGUACUGUACCUUUCUCUCUUUUGUCAGAGAUGUUCAUAUUUGUCUGUAAAUGAUGAUUUGUGGGAUUGAUAGGUGCCAAUUUUUGUGAGGCGAGUUGACACAGACUUCAUGUACGUCACGGACGUGUUGUUGUAUAUGCUGUUUAUGGUCACAGAUAAGAUUUUCAAGGAUAAGCAGUACCCAUCUAUAACCUUAUGCCCAUCACCCCAGAUAUUUUACAAGUGGGUGGUUUCUGUGGCUAUUGAAUGGGUGAAAAGAGGUGGGGGGGGGUGCCUGGUCCUCCCUCUCCCACCCUCUUGCCCUCCCUCACAUGCACCUUUAUCAGCGUUAGAUUGGAGGACACGUGGACAGUGUGCUGGUGAUCGUAGAGAAGCAUGACUGAGUCCAAGUGUGAGCUAUUUACUGUGGCCAGUGAAGAGACUGUCCAGCCUAAGAAAGACCAGGACGCCCCCAUGGGCUUCUUCGAGCGCUACGUACAGCCCUGCCUGGCCGAGCUGCUCGGCUCGUCUCUCUUCAUAUUUGUCGGCUGCAUCUCAGUCAUCGGCAACGUGGGAAUCACAGGCAGUAUUCAGCCUGCGCUGGCACAUGGACUGGCCUUGGCUAUCGUUAUUGCACUGUUUGGAGAGAUCAGUGGGGGUCACUUUAAUCCAGCUGUAACGGUGUGUGUCUACCUUGUGGGAGGAAUGGAGCUGGUCCUUCUUGUUCCAUAUAUACUUAUGCAGCUGUUUGGUGGAAUGAUCGGGGCUGGCCUUGCCAAAGCUAUCUCCCCAGCUGUUGAGUUCAGUAAUGCAUCUGGAGCUGCGUUCACAGCUGUCAGUAGUAGCGCCGAUGUAGGAGCUGCAACAGUGGCUGAAAUGGUGAUGACUCUCUUCCUGACCAUGUCAGUCAGCAUGGGGGCUGUAAACGGGAGAACACGUUGCCAGUUCGCUCCUUUUCUUAUCGGCCUUACAGUAACAGCGAAUAUCCUGGCUGGGGGUAUGAUCUCUGGGGCAUGCAUGAAUCCAGCUCGAGCUUUUGGACCAGCAGUGGUGGCUAAUCACUGGACCUUCCACUGGGUAUACUGGAUUGGACCUAUGAUUGGUGCUGUGCUCACUGUCUGCUUUAUCAGGUUAAUGCUGGGUGACAAGAAGACACGUGUGGUAUUUAAAUGAUUUAACUACAAAUUAUGAGGGUCAUUCAUAGCAUACCUUUGAUUAGAUAGCCAUUUAAUGACUCUAUGUAGAAAGUCUCUCACUCAGUUUUACCUUGUUUAGGGUUUUUUUUUCCCCAUUAUUUUUCACACUGUAACAGACUAACAACUUAUAUAUAUAACUGUAUAAAGCUGUAUUUUGUUUCUUCCAAUCUGCUGUAAAAACAAAUCUUCUACCCGUUCAACCUUGUGUUUGCUUAUAUAAUUUGGAUUAAUCGUGUAUAAAAUAAAACCUUUUGCUUUUGUAUGAUGAUAAAAUGUAGAUGAAAUGAUUCCUUGUGAAUGCUCUGAUGUUUAAUGUGCUGUCUUACAACACAGUGGCCUUUGGGAAAAAAAAAAAAAGGUGCAAAUUAAAUACCGCCCUUGUGUUUUAUUGUUCAGAAACAGGUGAGUGCUUUAAUUAGUGUGAGAUCAAAAUUCAACAGCCCUCAUAUUAUAUUCAGAUCAAAGAUCAGCAUUUUGAAUGGAAUAUUGUAGCUGUGCAGUAUCUCAGAGUGAAGUGAUAAAGUUAACACAAAGCUGGACAGUGAUCCAAACUGAUAAGCAAAUUUAACACGCGGUUGGGGUUUUAUGGUGGAAGAUGUGGCCUAGAUAAACAAGUUCUUACGCAAUAUAUGACAUGGCAAACCGUUUCCAUAUGCCACUGAUACAAUGGUCUUCAGAGGAUAUAGAAUGUUAAUAUCCAUACAUGUGUUCCUACUGGAACUGGAAAAUGUUUUGAAGAAAAAAAAAAAAAAGUCAACAUUGCGUGUGUUUAGCUGAAACAUGGAAGAAGAAAAAAAAAAAGCUCUACAGUAAUGAGCUUUUCCAGAUAAGAGAUAAGAUUAAAAAUAAGAUAAAUGUUAUUACCUCUUGGUGAAAAUUCUCUGUGGACACACUUUGUCCCAGCAUACAAAAAUGCAAGACAUUAAAUUGAGUAAAAAAUACCUUUCACCACUCUCUGUUGCACAUUUGCCUUG